CAGAGUGGACUGAAAGGGGUUAAUCAUGAGCAGCCAGCCAAGUGUGGCUCCUGGAAACCUGAUGCUUGAGUUUACUGCCUGUGUAUUUCACAUGCACAAGUGGCAGUUUAUAUCUGGCAAGUCACAGGGUGAAACUGCAGUGGAACUUACACACAGUAUCAUUCAGGAUUCUAGCUCUGAAGAGUUUGCAGAGACUCUGCCAGCAUGACUACCCUCCCUCCUGCUUCAGCAUCAGAAGGAAGAAGAAGCCUGAGGAACUCCUGAGGUAUCUGACAUGUCCGUACCCUGCAGACAUCACUCUGCUGGAAUGAAACUGUAUGCUUAAAGCAUGAAACUAACGGACAGAACUUUUUUUUUUUUCUCAACUGACAUUUUCCAGAAUCUGAAUGUGCAGGCUAUUUCAUAGUACUUUCCAAUGACUCAGCUCGGUAUUUCUCCAGGAAAUUUAUAUUUUGCAGACAUGCAGGUCUGUUAUUUUUUCAGGAAUAAGCAGUAGAUUGAGGGAAGAAAACGGUGAAUUGGAUCCUGUUAAAAUUCAGUGUUCCAAACAUUCCAGGCAUGGAGUGUCUGUUCCGCAGGAGAAGAGUUUUAAAAACCUGUCUAAGUGUGUCUUUAUUCUGUGUAACACUGGUGACUAUUCAUAAGUUACAUAUAGUGGAGGAAAGGGGCAAGGACGAGUUGGCAGUGAAUUCUAGAGUCAAGCAUGAAUGGCUUCAGCCAGAGAACAGCUCCUACAAAAAAAGCAGUGAAGGAACCAGUUAUCACAAUGCAGGGUCCAACAGUGAAAGAGGAAGGCUUUCCCGGGCAACUGAUUUAUCACCCCCAAGGUGGGACAUAAAUGAAAGCAGAUGUCCAGAAAACAGUGGUCUAAGGAAACAACCCUGGUUCAAACAUGUGGAUUCCAAGUUCCACCAGUUUAUUCUGCACAGGCACUGCAGGUAUUUUCCACUGCUUCUGAACCACCCUGAAAAGUGCCAAGGAGGGGUCCACCUGCUCAUUGUAGUUAAGUCCAUCAUUGAGCAGCAUGACAGAAGAGAUGCUGUGAGGAGGACCUGGGGAAAAGAAAAGGAAGUUGAUGGGAAGAAGAUAAGGACCUUGUUUCUUCUGGGCACCACAUCACUGGGUAAGGACCACAGAAACCUCCAGAGACUUAUUGAACAAGAGGACCAAAUAUAUGGAGACAUAUUGCAAUGGGAUUUUAUGGACACUUUUUUUAACCUGACCCUAAAAGAAGUCAACUUCCUAAAAUGGUUUCACAUUUAUUGCCCCAAUGUGCAGUUUAUCUUUAAAGGGGAUGAUGAUAUUUUUGUUAACACUGGCAACAUAUUAGACUUCUUAGACUUUAAAAAGGAUGACCCUCUCUUACCAAGUUUGUUUGUGGGGGAUAUCAUUUCUCGAGCAGCUCCCAUCAGGAACCGGCAAAGCAAAUACUUUAUUCCCAAAGAGUUGUAUGAUAAGCCGUACCCAGUUUAUGCUGGCGGAGGGGGUUUUUUAAUGGCUUCGUCCCUUGCACAGAAGCUCUUUGUAGCUUCUGAAAAGAUACAGUUAUUUCCUAUUGACGAUGUAUUCCUGGGGAUGUGUUUAAGCUCUGUAGGGGUACAGCCCAAACUGCAUCCAGGAUUCCGGACAUUUGGGAUAAGCAAAAGAAAAUCUAGUGCAAUGAAUAGGGACCCUUGUUUUUAUAAGAGCCUUUUGGUUGUCCACAAAAUGAGCUCUGAAGACUUACUUAAAAUGUGGAAUAUUGUCCACCAAGAAAAGAUCAACUGUAGUAAAUCUGUUCAUCUCUGAAGUCUCAUCCGAUGACAUAAUGCACAGCAAAACCUUCUAAGCAGGAACAGAAAUUAGAAAAUUUUUUUCUUACAUUGACAAUGUAUGUAUUUACACAGUGACAUUAAUAAGGGAAACCAUUUCUUCAUGUCUUAUACUGUACAGGUAUGGUAUUUAUUAUCCAGAAUGCUUGGGACAUGGGGUUCUCCAGAUAAAGGGAUCUUUCUGUAAUUUGGAUCUCUGUACCUUAAGUAUGCUAGAGAUCAUUGAAAUAUAUUCAGUAGGAUUGUUUUGCUACCAAGAUGGAUUUAUGCAGCUUAGUUACCAUCAGGUACAAUGUACUGUUUCAUUCCGAGGUGGGAGAUGGUCUUCCCAAUAGGUUUCUAGUUUCUGGGUAACAGAUCCCAUACCUGUAUUAUAUAUAUAUAUAUAUAUAUAUACAUAUAUAUAUAUAUAUAUAUAUAUAUAUAUAUAUAUAUAUAUAUGUUCCCCUCUUAAGGUAUUUGUUGUAAAAUUAUUUGAAUGUGUGAAUGAGUCCUAUUAUUUACCAGGUUUUAUAACUUUAUAUUAGAGGAGAUAGAGGAGAGGUUCACCUUUAUAUCAACUGUCAAUAUGGUAUUGAUGGACCUAUUCUAACCACAUUUUUAAUUGGUCUGCCUUAAUUAUUUUAUUAUUAGCCUGAAAAAGUAUCUGCCGCUGACCCCUGUAAACAUAUACAUUGUAGUGGUUCAGUAUAAUUUUUUUCCUGCUUACUGUCUCUUUAAGACCCUCUCCUAUUCAUUUUCUGUUCAGACUUCCAUACUGCUGCCUGGUUGUUAGGUAAAUUCCAGACCAGAACAAGAAAUGUCAAUAAGUAAAAAACACAAAAAUAGACAAUAAAGACUACUUGCAUAGCAUCUUAGAAUACUGCUGUCUGCAUUGUAUUAUAGUUUGUUGUAAGGUGAACUACUGUUAAACCAAAUGCAAAAAAUUCCAAGCUGGAGUUUUUACAUACAGAUGCCACGGGAUGCCCUGUCUAUAUAAUGCAGCUAGCUGAUUCAGUCUGAUGACAUAUCAUUUUUAAGUUCGUAUUAUGGUGCCCUGUCAUAUUUAUUGAUUAAACAUAACUAGCUUGUUAUCAUCAUUGUAUUUGGCUUUGAUACAGCAUCAACCACCAUACAGGGACGGGACCUGUUAUCCAGAAUGGGGUUUUCUGGAUAAGCGAUCUUUCUGUAAUUUGGAUCUCCACAACUUAA